CAACCGGUGAGCCUUAAUGCUACCAGCUGUGAAUGCUGUAGGCGUGUCCAAAGUUUGACUAGGGUAAACUCAUUUUGGUUAUAGUUUCAAAGUUCACUGGGCGAGGCUUCGUUCCCAAGUACUCUGCUGAAACACCGGAGACGUAGUCCUGUGUUUCUGUCCUCUUACUUCCUUUAUCCACGAAAAAGACUGGAGAUUGUAUAAGAUGAUUCGUGCUAGAAGCUACGUUUUUCUUACACUUUGUAUGGUGUUACUUUUGACAGAGGCACAAGCAGCAACGACACCGAGUGCGUCGCCCACUUCAGCUGCGGCAACAGUUGAAGGAGUAUCAACAGAUUCACCAGCUACUGAUGCACCAGGCACGACACAAAACACAACAUGUAAGAACUACGCCUUCCUGUGCGAGUUGGACGAGAUUUCGAUGAUCGCCCUGUUGGUGGCACCAGGCGUGGGGCUGCUCCUGAUCUCCGUAGCUAUCGCCGUGUGCUGUGGAGCCUGCAGGAGAAGGGACGAUGACGACGACGAGAUAUUUCUGGAACGAGAGAGGACCAGUCAGAUGGUCAUGAACGACUACAGGAGUAACAUGGCUGCCUCCAGUGUGGACGGAGACGACGACUUCACCAGCAGACAGAAGACCAACCCGGCGUACAUGGAAGACGACGAGCGCGUCAUGCCACCGUUCGGCCGCCCCUCCGUGUCGUCUGGAUCGGACCGCAUGGCGAUGGACAACAGCAGGAGGCAGCGGAUGAGCAUGGCGUCCGUAGACAGGCCUUACGGUGAGGACCAGCGCAGGUCCGGUCCUCACUAUCCGGAGGACGACAUGCGGCACCCGCCGGCGGCAGACCCACGGGGCAGGCCCGCCCAGUAUGGGGAUGACCCUCGCAGCAGGGCAGGUCCACGCUACAUGGAGGAGGAUCCCCGCCGCCACCAGCCCGACAGCCGAGGCCGUCCUUACGGCCACCCAGGGGAUCGUGACGACGGAAGGCGCCCUCCAGCCCCCGGCCCGAUGUACGACAGGCCUGAGUCAAGGGGCGGACCCCGACCACAGCCUCGCGAGUCGGUGGCGGCCGGGAAGAGAAACUGGGCCAAGCAGAGCGCUGCACCACGCGACGUGCCGCCAGCAGACUACGAUGACGGGUUCCCGAACCCACGCUCCAGUUACGCCGGCUACCGACAGGAUGUCAACAACUACUACUGAGAUAUAGUAUGAAAGUUCCAUCUGAGAUGGUGAAAUACAUUAUGUUCUCCAACUUAAAAACGAGACUGGAAUCUUCGACUAAUAUCGACUUCCGGCAAUAUUUGACUCAUUAUUGACGCCACACAUCCAGAAAAUCACGUGUCCACUGUGAUUCGGCUGAAGAAGACUGAGGCAGACAGUCGAAAAUUCCAGUGAGUCCAAUUUUGGAGUUGGAGAACAGUUAAUUCUUCAAAAUUGGUACCAACAAACAGAAUAUGGAAGGUCCUGGUAGUGUGACCGAUCCCUGAGAUGACAGAUGAUUGAUAACUUCAUAAACUACUAAUAUUAGGAAAAUAUGAAUCUACUAACCAAAUAGAUUUCAUUAAAUCCAUUUCAUCUGUCAAUGUACAAACAUAUCAAUCAAAGGAACUGUCUACUUAAAGUUCAUUCAUAGACCUCAUAAAUGCUUCAAAACGAUAUGAACAAUGUGAAAAAUCGAAUUCAUGACGUAGAAAAAUUGUCAAGAAUGUCAUUUAUUUUUCAAUGCUGCAAUGUCUAUGAGAACGUGAACUACAACAUAGCUAUACUUGAUGUGGAAAUGUUGUAAAGGAAAGUAAGCCCUUUUUCUUUAUUUGUAACUGUAAUACUUAUUCCUGUAGUUGACAUAGUAAAUGUUUAUAUGCUGUAGAUUGGGAAUUUUUGUUGUCUUUUUUAGUAUUAUGUCAAAGUAGGAUAAGUGUAAGUGUCAUCGGUGAUUUUAGUCCUUGAUCACUGGACAAAAAAUGUUGAAAUGUUGACAUGCUCAGGAUUGUCGAUAUGCUCAAAAUAAAUGACAAAAAUGAAUGUAAGCAUAUUUGUUGAAAUGUUCUAUACUAUUUGAUAAGGUACUUCAAAGCUUUGCAUGUACAUUUUCUAUCAAGCAAGAAAACUUAAUGUGACAUUUCACACCGCCGUCACCGAAAUGUUUU